AUGGUCGCCUUUGCCGCCGAGGCACGACACAAUCAGAUUAUCGGCGAAUUGGGAGCAGAACAUCAGGAGCAGCUCUGUGCAAUGUACAAUAGUGGGCUUGCAGAGGUGACCAAGUUGAGGAACGAAUUAGGCAAUGCUAACAUUGCGUUGUCGAUUCAGAGGUCUGAAAUGGGUCAAGGUGAAGCUCGUUUCCAGCAAACCGAAACCGCGAGGGAACUCGCUGUCCUUGAAGCCAACCGGCAAGCGGAAGCUGCCCGUAGAGCUUUAGAGGAAGCCAACAGCAAUGCCAGGCGCCUUCGCGAAGUGGAAACUUCUGCCCGUCAGAAUGAUGCGAUGCGAUCCCAUGAGGUCGCUGACAUGUCAUCCCGAAUGGAUGAACUGAUGAGGCAGCUUCACGCCCAGCGCCAGCAGACUGAGGUAUUGAUUCAGCAGAAUAAUGCAUUAAGCUCCAGGGUUCGAGAUUUCGAAGCUAGAGAUGCUGCUUUGAGGAUUCAAGAGGGAAUUCCACAAGGGCCUCCACCUGGCAUUCCCGUACAUCCCAUUUCCACCCCGAAGCAUGGAGGUGACACUCCUACGGAACAGGCGACGGACGCCGGGAGGCGGACCCCUCCGGAUGGCUCCAGCCCAGGUGGCGGUGGUGGCGGCGGGCCUGAUGGCAAUGGCCCCAGUGGAGGCGAUGAUGAUCAUGAUCGUCGCAGUCGGAAGUCCAAGAAGGAUAAGAAGCAUAAGAAGAAGAAGUCGCGCAGGAGAAUGAAAGCUACUGAGAAUGACGACUCGGUUGAAGAUGAAGUUGGCAGGGACUACAUAAUCAUUGGCGCUUGGAUCUUCAGCGGGAUGACCGGGGUCACAAAUUCUGUCGAUCGUCAUGCUCAGCUGACCAAGUACCUGAUCGCCUUCAUGAAGUCAAGAGGGUUGAAAGAUACCUUUACGUCUAUCUGCAUCAACCAUGGUGGCAAUCGCCGAGUGCAUCGAGAUUUGUUGAAUCAUGAUAACUCACUCAAUCACACUCUAGGCGUUGGAAGCUAUCAAGGUGGUUCCGUAUGGGUUGAGCAGAAGGAUGACUUUCCCGUAUUUCGCAGAGAAGGUGUAGCUGGUGGGAAAUCAAAGUGCGUCAAGGUUACGGGGGGACUUGAAGUCGACGGAAGAGUAUAUGACACUCAUGAUCGAAUGUUAUCCUUCCACCCCAAGCUUUGGCAUCAGGCACAGCCUUGGACAGGUGAUCGAUGGACCAUCACUGCAUACACGAUUCGGGAUGUAGAUGGUUUGAGCUGGGAACAGUCAAAGUCGUUAAUGUCGCUUGGGUUUCAGUUGAAUUCAUCAAGACGGUUACCGUUUGUUCCAUCAUUGAUUACCGGCGACAGCGAUGAAGAGCUCACACUAUACGACUUCGCGAAGAAGAAGAAGGCCGAAGCCGAAAAAGAUAAGGAGCAUUUCAAUGAAGCCGGGGAGUUGAAAAGUGCUGAGGAUCAGCCACCUCCUCCUCCUGAUUAUACGGAGUACUUUCCUGAUGAAGGUGUUAUUGUUCGCCAUCAUAUGCAGCCUCGCAAAGCUAAGUAUGCUGUUAGCGCUGCGGAAGCAGACGUCUUGAACAUCGGCGACCUGCGGUUGACCGAGCGUCAGCUUCUUGGAAGUACUUCUGCAGAAGAACAAUGGGAUGAUGGUUUCCGGGGGGGUAAGGCUUCGGGACUUUGGACGGGAACCACUUAUUUGUUUGAUCGUGGUAUUGACAAGCAUCAUGCCGUGGCUGCUGUUAAGCGCAUUCGUGACAAGAACACUGCUAAGAAGGAAGCUAGGAAACAGGCUUUCUAUGACAUCAGCCAGUUGUCUAGUGGCACCGGAUGCAUGAAACAACCCGUCAACAUCAUCGAGUAUGACAUGAAGUCUUUUCUUGAACAAGCUGUACAAAAGUACAAAGACCUUCCUGGCCCCAAGUACCACACUCUUAAGUCAGCCUCUACUCCAUUCGCCGACGAGAAGAUCGCGAGGCCCAUCGAUGAUGAGGCCGAGGCAAAGGGAUGGCUCGUUAUGAUCUUCUGCGGGCUGUUCAGGGAUUGGCAAGCAGGGCCUGCUUCGCCGAUCGUCGUGCCGGACAACCUCGAGAAGAGGAUCGAGCCCGAGAGCAACGGGGUUCUCAUCGAAUGGGGACAUGAUCCGUCGUUCUCUCUGCUCGGAAGGGCAGACGAUAAUGGUAGCGGUAGCUCAUCUGUUGUUCGGGUGACUCACAGCAUGGACCUUAACAGUACUCAGACGAGUAGGGACUUGCUCAAGGUUGUCAAAGGCUAUGCCAAAUCGAAUGUUCCCAUUACCGUUUGGGUUGACCUGCGCUUUGCGGGGGGUCCUGAUGACCGCAAACGCUUCGGCAAGCUAUGGUCUUCUUUCGUCAACUUAAGCACCGGUUUGGACCUGAUUAACUGUCGUUAUAUCGUGAUUGCUCCCUGGGAUCAUUUCUCAUGGAAGAUGGAUCGAGUUAUCAAGUGGUGUUCCAAUCAUGAGUGUACGAGUUUUGAAAUUCUUGAUGACGAAAGAUCAGGCAAUUUAGGUCAUUGGAGAUUGCAUACUUCCCACAAGAAUUUGCCAAUUGAAGUGAUGAACAAUUUUCAUGGCUGUAAGCUCAAGAACAUUUUCGAGCCACGAUUUCCUGCACGACAAGCUGCUGUUGCGGUACAAGUUACUCUGAGCGAAGAUCCUAUAGGAAGCGCAGCAGUGAUGGCAUCCCCUAUGCCCACCGUCUCUCUUGAGGAGCGUCGCCGACGCAUCGAGGCUUUCCGCAGGGCUCUUAAGGACCCUGAAUGCCUCGCGGAAGCGAUGGCCUUUGAGGAACCGGCAUAUUUUAAGGAUGCCUAUGGGGUCGUGAAGGAGGCGUACCAGUACAAGCUGGUGGAGCCUGCGGAGUCCGAUCCGCCAGAGGCCAUUUUCCUCGGCCGUAUCAAAAACGGCGAGUGGAUUGGUCUGCGGAAGCAGUACCCCUAUGCAGGUUUUCCCCUUCUGUACGAGAUGUGGCACAGCCAUUUCAACAGCCCGGCUCAUCAGGGAAUGCCAGUUGAGGGCUUCGAGCUCCUUGGCGAUUCCCUCCUGACGGAGUGGACAGAACUUGUCAAAUCUUACCUCCGCGACCUGGCUUAUGUGGGGCAUGCCACAAACGCCGAAAUGGCUCUCAAGGCCACUGAGCCGUUUGAUGUCUGUCACAGAGCGUAUGUGCUGUCCCAGGAAACCCUGGGUUACCACGAGUUGAUGCCAGCUGCCACGGCGUUGCUUGACUCGGUGUAUACUCCGGCCCUUCGCAGAAUCGAGCACCAAGAGCAACCAAGCUCCUAUUUCAUUGUUGGAGGAGAUAGCUCUCUCGCCUUGGUGACCCGAGACGGUGGACGCGUCCAGAAGAAAGGGACGAUGGAACCGUCUCUCCGGGAGGAGAUGACCAAGGACAUCCGCAUGGAUGGCUGCUCGGUAAUCAUGCGUUGGGGAAAAGGGCUCGGAGACAUCGUGUGGAACGUGGAACAGGAGCUCAACCGAGUCCAAAGGUGGAGGAACGGCCAGGAACCGCUCACACCGGAAGGUGUCGACAUUAUCAUUCAAUGGGGUGGUAAUGACGUCUAUGGCGAGUAUGGUUACAAAGGCUUUUCCUUCCACAUGCGCAAUGCGUGGGUUCGUGUUGAUGAUGCAUUGCAUGACACCCUUUCCAACUGGGAGACCAAGGCACGCAAAGCUGUUGAAGACGCGAAAGAUGCCCUGGUUCGUCUCUCAUCCCGGAAGGGAGUGUCCUCUGUCACGCUGGCGGCUGGCCCCCACAACGGGGAAUUCUACGGUCUCCCGGAGGUCUAUGACCUGGAGAUGGCCCGUCAUUCCGACGAGGUGAAGGAGCGAGGGAUCCGCAUCGUCGACCCCCAGGCCCUCAUCCUCGCGACAGAGCGUUACGAUGGGUUCCACAUGGAGGCUACCCAUGACAACGUGAAAGUUACCACCAAUUGGUUCUUUCACCUUUGCUCUGCGAUUAUGUUCGAGCGGUGGCUUGUGAAGCACGCGAUGGGGCUCAAGGCCAAUUCGCGUGGCAUCCUCUUCCACAACCACUUUCACCUCGGACUCGGCUUGGAAGAGCUCGACAUCCCUCCUACCACGGACUUGCUUAUCCCGGCGGAAGCUGAGAUGGUGACUUUCCCGCCUGAGGCACCGCCUGUCCAGCGCUUCCCGGAGGAGGAGAUUGUCUUGAACCAGCCGAUCCUCAGCUUGGAAAAGCUUGACGAGCUUGAGGGUGUGCCGCCCACUGACUACGUCAAUGAAGUGGCGAAAGAGUCAGAGGAGAUCACGGUUGAGGACGUUGUGUCUCGUAAUCCGAAUCCGGAGGACGAGCACCUCACCGUGGAAGCGGUUGACCCUGGCUCGGAGAUGGAACAGAUCGUUCGGAACAUGAUUGAGUCGGUGAACCUGGUGAUGUCAAAUAAGGAGGCUGAAGAGGUCGCCCAAGAGACGGGUGUUGCUCCCUAUGAGUACGUUGAGCCGAAUGUCACAGCCACAUUCGUUGUGGAUGGUGAAGCAGUCUCCACGAUUGCUACUUCCGAUAUCCCGACGGAAGUCUGGGACUCCGGUCCUAUGGCUGUGGACUACGGCGCAGACGAUGAAGUGGAGCAUCCCCGCGGAAGUGGUGGACCCAUCUGGCUUACUCCGGAUCAGCUUCCUGAUGUCAGGGGUCGCAUGGGAUACUUUCGCCUCACGGAGAUGGAGUGUGUGUCGUUGGGCAAGAAGCUGUCGUGGCACUUGCGUGGGCAUGCCAAGGACAAGGGAUUCCGCACUGUUGAGUUCGAUGAAGAACAGGCCGCAGAGAUCGGAGAUGUUUUGAAGGUCAUUGGCAAACAAUGGUCACGCCUGACGGUGAUGACGAUCAUUGACCUGUUGACGUCGGAUCACUGUGACAAGGGCCGGUUCGAACUCCAGGCGGAAGCCUUGGGCGAGGAUACGCGAGUGGGCCGGGGAACAAACUGGCACUUCACUCGUAUCCGAGCAUUCCAGGGUCACAACGCCUGCUUGCUCGUCCUCGGCAGCGACCCGCUGAAGAACACUGUCAAGCAGUGGGCCCUCGAUGACAAAUGGAUCCCGUGCUAUGUCGAUCUACCGAUCACGGGUCCAUACCCUUAUCGGGCAACGGCCUUCGAUCUUAUGCCAAAGCUGGCGUAUCACGCCACAUACUGGCGAAAUUUCACGAAGAUCGUCAACACAGGCCUCAUCCCGGGAGGGAAGAUGACUUCGAAGGGCAACAGCGGGAGGCCCUUCAACAUGUUCGCGAUGGAGCCUCAGUGGGAACGCACCUCCAAUCAGGGCGUCCGCCCUGGCGCCCAGCUGGAAUUUGUGAUAGACUUACAGCUCGCCGCUUGCGAUGGCUGUCGGUUUUUCGAGACAAAAGCUGGAGCGCUGCAGACGCCGGAUUGGAUCAGCAACCGGGCCAUUCUGUAUGCAUACGACCGGUCGACUCAGGAGAUGAUCUGGGCGAACCGAGCAUACGAACCAGCGCGGAAGCGCUUGGCCCAGGCGUGCAAAGACAAGAGCCUCAACACGCCGAUUUAUGGCGAGCGGGGUCACCAGGAGCUGGUCGAUGCAAACGGCUAUUGCUACAACUACCUCGUGGCAGGCCUGGGGUAUCGCAACUUCGACACCUGGAAGGACGCCGCUAAGGCAUGCAAGGAUGUCUACGACCUUGAUUUCUACCCAACAAGCAUGUGUGGUCUAGACAUUCGCAUCCCGGAAGGGCAUGCCUUGCAGGGCUCAGAGUCAUUGUACAAAAUGGUGGUUCACGUGGCUCCAAAGCAUCCCCAUCAAAGAUGCAACGAUGAGUCGGAUUGGCGUCGCCAGGAGAACGUCAGCAUUCCUUCUUUCGGUUGCCCAAGCUGCGAUGUGAGCAUGGCCUUGGAGAACACCCGCGCCAAGCAAGUUGCCGCCCGGAAGGGUGAGCCCCUGGAUUACAGGGCAUUGCAACCAAGCGGGGAGGUCAACUCCAACCGUGCCACAGGCAACAAGAGGGAUCGGAGUGCUGGCUCUGGCCCGGCCGCUGUUCGCCAACAGGCCGCCAAGUACCUCGGAAAGGCCCUGAUGGCGGGUUCUCGCACUGUUGUUGUGCGUCAGUCUCGUGAUCCGUUCACGGCCUACAACAAUGCAAGAUUUGGCAUAUCCAUUACGGGGCUUGAGCAACUCAUGAUUUUCGCCCGAAUGAGGAUCGCCAACCCGCCGAGGUCACGCCAGAUGAUCCAUGACCGCACUGGCUUUGACGGCGCAGCCAAGGUGAGCUUCUCAUUCCCACCGGAAGGUGAGGACCUGACACUUACCGACCACUGUUUUGUGGCGUUCGUGGACAGGUUCCACAAGCUUGACGAAGCCGCCUUGUUGGCGUUUGCCGUCCAUCGCAACGGCUACGUCAUGGACAUUCUUGGCUUUAGCGGCCGCAUAUUGAAGCCGACUGGUCCCGUGGUACAGAUCUUGGCUAGGAUUGUGGGAUUCUUCCAAGACGAGGUUCGGUAUGCGGUUGAGCGCGGUGAACGAGUGCCUGAGUUGGUUUUGCCUGCCAAUCAGGAACUCCGCGUCCCGGAAGGGCUCGCCUCUCUUGGGGACAGACAGCUGAAUGAACUUCUCAUCAACACGAAGUUCGCGCGACAGCUCCCCGGCGCCAAAGGCGUCAAUGAGAGGGUCGGAUACGCCUUCAGAGCAGGGAGGACGGAGACGAGAGGCAGAUCAGCUCAGCCACCGAUUCCAAAGGCGAGGCCAACGACCAGAGCUACCGGCAGUGCACAGCGAGCUGGCUCAGUUCCUCCAAAGCCACGAGCACGCCCUCGUGACCCUUCCCCGGGAGUGGCAGCUACCCGAAUGCGGCCAACAGAGCCCAGCUAUCCGCCACCCGGAAGGGAUGUGCCAGGAUCGUCAACGGAUGCUCCGAUGCGUCCGCCCGAGCCGAAGGGGCAUGAUGCGCUGCUUUGGGCUCGCCUCAAGGCAUCUCGGGAUAAGAACGUUCCCAGAGGCAUGGAAGAUCGUGCAGUACCAGCGUUUCAUGAUUUGAACGACUUCCACCUCCUGGCACCGGAGCACGUGGGCUACUUUCUCUCUGGCUGGAAAGUCUGGCAGAAGUCCGCCCCGAAGGGCAAGAGCGCCAAGAGCGCGACCGAGGUGAAUGCUGCUCGCCGAACAGGUGGCUAUGUUGAGACAGACAAGAAGUUUGGAGGUGGCACCAACGUGUCAGCGCACUCAACAGUGCCCAAUGCCAAGAAGCUGGAUGAGAAUGGCGAGACCUUCCGACAUGCCACCGUGUCCCACGAAUUCAAGACCGCCCUUCAGCAGGCUCGCAUAGCAAAGAAGAUGACCCAGACCGCCCUGGCGACUGCCAUCAACGAGAAGGGUAGCGUGAUCAACGAGUACGAGAGUGGCAAGGCCAUUCCGAAUGGCGCCAUCAUCAACAAGCUGAACAAGGCUCUUGGUGUUCGUCUGCCGAAGGCCAAGUAA